AUGACACAGAAAAGCGAGCCCCUACGAGUAUUGAUUGCUGGCGCGGGCAUUGCAGGUUUGGCGACGGCCAUAUCACUAAAGCGGAUAUCAACUAUUCCAAACCUGGAUAUCCAGCUGUAUGAGCAGGCUCCGGAGCUCUUAGAGAUCGGAGCUAGUAUCGCACUUAGUCCAAAUGGAAUGCGCACACUAGAGAAACUCGGCGUGAACAGUGCCCUCACUGACGAUGUUGGCUUCAAAGGGCCAAGUGGAAUACCGCAGAUCUUCCGCCACUGGAAGACAGAUCAAGUAGUGUCGAUAGACACUUACAAAGACGUUCCGAACCCUCGGCACCAUACUACCCGCUUCCACCGCGGCCAUAUACACUCUGCUCUACUGGAGCAGGUGCCUCGCGAAACAAUCCACCUGGGCAGGAAGAUUGCGCGCGCGGAAGCUCGCCAGGACGGUGUCUCGCUGUACUUUGAAGAUGGGAGCAGUACCCAUGGGGAUGUCCUCAUUGGAGCAGAUGGCAUUCGAUCGAGUGUCAGACAGUCUUUCAUCCCGGACUAUAAGCUCCGAUUCAGCGGGAAGGUGUUUAUGAGGGCAACCUUUGAUGCCUCUUUAGUGGAGAGGAAAAUCCCCAAUUUGCCGGCCGAUUCGAUCCACUGGUGGGGACCUAAGGACAACUUCUUUGCAUCCCGACUUGGCAAGAACCAAUAUACCACCGUCGGUGCAUACGAUGACCCCCGCUCAACAGAAGAGGUAGAAAAUUCUGUUGCAUGGGAUCAACUCGGCAACGUGGCGUUCCUCAGAGAACGAUACAAGGACUGGAACCCCACCGUCAAAGCCCUAACAGAACUCACACCAUCAACAAAUCUCUAUCCCAAUUUCGCCGGAGACGCCCUACCAACCUGGGUCUUUGGAUCGCGCGCAACUUUAAUAGGCGACGCAGCGCAUGCGCACGGUGGAUCCUUCGCGGCCGGCGGCUCGCUGGCACUGGAUGACACGCUCGCUCUUGGGCUUGCCUUCAAACAUGGUUUGGCGGGGAAGACCACGUUCUCGGCUGCGGAUAUUGACAAGACUUUGAGGCUGUACAGUCAAACUAGGCAGCCGCACACGGAUCGGUUGCUGCGCAUUGUGCACGGCCAGAUUGAUAAAAAGACGGCAUUCUUUGAGAACGCUGAGGCGGAGGAUGAAGCCCUUGUUGCCCGGUUGAAGAAUCGACCUAGUACGGAGUGGUUGUCGGAACAUGAUGUUGAAGCUGCUUUUGUUGGCGCUGUUGGCGCUGUUGGAGAGUUGGAUUAUGGUGAGGCGCAGCGGGUGGGUAUGGAUGUUGGUGGAGCGUCGCCGUUUCAAGGAAGUAAAUUGUAG